AUGCAGGCGAAUAAUUUAAAUACUGAAAUAUUGUUAAAUUUGUCACCAAUCAACGUGAUAUCUGAUGCCAUAAAGCGAUUUGGAAUACUGGAAGAAUGUUCAAAUACGAUAGUGAUUAAAAUUAUGAUCGAUUCACCUGUAGAUACAGGGGAGUUUGAGCAAAAGGUUGAUGAUAUUAUUCAUGGGAACUCAAUAAAAAUUGACGAUAAUACCUUAUUUAACUUGGUAGAUAUUUCAAAAUUCAAAAAAAUAUAUAAAUUGAAUGAUGCAAAGAUCUCCAACUCAAAUGAUAAAGACUUGCAAGGUACUUUAACAAGGUUGGCCAUAGGCGCAUCAAUAAUACGGGGACUUUGA